AUCAAGAUGGCUCACUUGAGCAAGAGGAGAAUAAUUUUGCACAUUUUGAGCGUCUGCUGUCAAGCUUGUGCCAGGAAUAUGCAUGUAUGCAAGUAGAUUGGAGCUUCCCGCUAUAUUCAAUAACUACAGUGAGCGUGUGAUUAACGCACAAGUAACCUCGAGUGCAGCGAGCGAAGGAUAUUCGUGGAGUUGGCAGAGCGGAGAUCGACAGUGUCUGUGUGUGGAGCAGGGAAUGAGAAGAAGCAUGUUCCCGUUCUGAGCCGGAGGAUGCGCUAGCACCUCUGCUCCUCCUGGGUUCAGCGUCUGGAUAGAUCCCCCAAAGAUGGAUGGUGUACAGUAAGAACGAAGGAUGCAUCCGUGUAUACUGAAAUGCUCGGUUCCCAAAUCUCUGUCCAGCUAGCGCUUUGUUCCGUAGCGAUCACCGAAGGAUCUCUCCACUAUUUAUUUGAUGACAAUGAAAACAUGUGUCGUGUUUCCUUGCCCUUAUGUGUUGGGUGAGAUCGGACAUGGAUUUAGGGGCACACUAGCCGCGGCCCAGCCCACUGUCCGACAGUACACUCACCAAGAAAGCUCUUGAAAGCCAUUUAUCUACUAUUGGAAUACGUGAUCUUCCACAAUGGGAGUUUUGGCGAGACGGCUUGUUUUGGCAUCAGUUUUUCUGUGCACUGCGAAUCUGAUGUGUUUGGGGGAGGCGUGUGUGUUGAGUUGUCACUGCACGGCAAUGGGAUCGAAAAACAAAUCUAAAGUUAGAAAGGUGGACUGCGCGAAACACCCCCCUCCCUUCACGAGUCUCGCACACAUAGCGUUCCCUCUGGAUACGGCUUACUUGGAUUUAAAGAAGAAUCAGCUUACCGUUCUGCGGAAUGGUUCCUUUAUCGGCCUGUCCAAGCUUACCAAACUGAAUCUAAGUCACAACCAAAUAACAAUAAUUGAACCCGGGGCCUUUGCCGGACUGGAGAGUUUGCGCCGAUUAGAUCUUUCCUCAAACCAAAUUGGCACCAUCAACAGUAGCAUGUUCACGGGACUUCCCAAGUUAGAGAAACUAUUCCUGUCCCGCAACAGAAUCAACACCAUCCCAGAAGGAACAUUCAACGAUCUCACCGCACUCAAACGAAUUGACUUCAACUCGGAGUACUUGCGCUGUGACUGCCACCUGAGCUGGAUGGUCCGCUGGGCCAAGGACAAGGGGGUUCGAAUCCAGUCUACCACCAAGUGCCAGCUGCCAGAUGCCAUGAAGGGACGGAUACUCUCCAAGUUGAAGACAGUUGAUCUCCAUUGCAAACAUGACCUUCAGUUGCCGUUCUUUGUCAUCAGUCCUCAAGAGAGUCAGAUCGUGUUUGAAGGUGACAAAUUGCCGUUCAACUGCCGAGCCUCUUUUAUACACGAGGACACACACAUCGCGUGGAUACGGAAAGGAGUUGCUGUGGAAACCAACAAAUCUGCUGGUGUCUUUGUGGUCACGUCGAAAACACCAGACGACACAAUCAUCACGCACACAUUAGCAUUAAAUAAUUUACAAAAGUCGCACUCGGGUAUAUGGAGUUGUCAAGUUUCCACGCCACAAGGAAAGGUUUCCCGAGAUGUUUCAAUAACGGUUAUAAAGGAUCCUGAGAAAAAUUGUCCCCAUAUCCAUAAAAUAACGAACAAGGGAAACUACACGUGGCAUGAAACCAUCGCCGGGGUGACGGUCAAGAAGCCAUGUAAGGUCGGGGGAAAGGACGACUUCGCUACGUACUACUGUGACGAGUAUGGAUACUGGAAGUUCCUCAACAUCUCACAGUGCGACUACAUCAGCGACAGGACGCGCAUGCUACACAGACUCGCGCUGGAGGAGAUAAAUGCAACCACAGUGUUUGAAUACAUCAGCAAGAUCAACAUGACACUCAACCUCCCUGUGCCCAUCUUCCCCGAGAUGUCCGUCAUGGACGCCGUGUUUGUUUCUGAUGCCAUUGACCGACUCAAGAGCUUCGUCUCUGUGGGUGCUGAGAUAUCUGAUGCCAUUGUGGAGGUGGUGAACAACGUUACCAUGGCGACACCAGCAACGCUCGCUGGAGCACAGAUGCAAAAGAAAGCUUGUAGCAGGUUUGUCCUUGCAUUGGAGAACAUGACCCAGCAGGUGACGCCACCGUCGCCGUCCAGGAAGUGGAGCCGCUACGCCUCCAACAUGGCCAUAAAUGUGCUGCGGGAGUUGGAGGCCAAACCCUCUCGGAUCUACUGUGCACUGGAGAAAUCCAAGAAGAAGGCAAAGCGGGGAUAUUCUCGGAGUUCGUUUUCCUGUUCGCGGUUUGGGAACACGACGGAUGACCUACACUUGUCCAUGAAGAACAUACAAGCUUCUGCAGACAUCCCACCAACGCUGUUGCAGGAUGCUGGUGUGUCUGAGGACGCCAACAUCCAGGUCACCAUUUACCGGAACCAUGCCCUGUUCCCCAGAACCAAAAAACAUUUUGAAGACCCCAUGCUUGGUGAUGGCAACUGGUCUGUGGUGUCCCAGGUGUUCUCCAUCGCUGUGGGGGAACCCAUUCUAAAUUUGUCUAAUCCCAUCACCCUCAACUUCCACGUGCCGGACCCCCACGCCUCGCUGGCUGCUGUUUACUGGGACUUCGGAGCUCAUGGUGGACUGGGAGACUGGUGUACGGAUGGCUGCGAGAUCGUCGGCUUCACCGGCAACAUCACUACCGUCAAGUGCUACCACCUCUCCAACUUCGCCAUCUUGCAGGAGAACGCCAAGGACCAGUACCGCCGGUUCAUCAUGGAGCCAAUCAUCUACGUGGGCAGCUGCAUCUGCAUGCUGUGUAUGAUGGCCGUCAUCAUCACCUAUGUCACCUGCUUCAGAAUGAUCUACAUCCCGAAGAAGAUGAAGCACUCUGUGAUCAACAUCUGCAUCAGCGUUCUCCUGCUCAUUGUUGCCUUCACCAUGGGCAUCAAUCGGACGGACUUUGAGUUGGUGUGUCAGAUCGCAGGAAUAGCUAUACACUACCUCACACUGUGUGCGGUCUUCUGGAUCACCAUCACUUCAAACAACAUGUUCAAGAAGUUCCUGAAGGCCGAGCGCCCUCCAUCCCCGCCGCCCGAGCCGGUGGUCAUGCCUCUCCCCCCCAAGCCCAUCCUCCGGUUCUACUUCCUGGGCUGGGGCGUCCCCAUCAUCAUCUGCGGCAUCACUGCCGCGGUCAACUUCAACUUCUACUCAGGAAGUGAUUACUGUUUCCUCGCCUGGGAGCCGAGUCUAGGUGCGUUCUAUGGCCCGGUGGCUCUACUUGUGGUGCUCAACCUCAUCUUCUUCUUAAGGAUCUCGUGUGUGAUUCGUGGACAGCCCAACAACCUCAACGAGACGGACGAGACGGAGGAGAUGCACGUGAAUGAGAUUGAGCUGGUGCCGAACCAGGCCGACACGAACCUGGAAACUCAGAGUCUGACUCAGCUGCAUAACGAUGAUGAUGAUAACGCAUCAUCCAUCAGCAUUCUGGAUCAGGAGAUGCGCCCAAUCACGCAGCUGCGAGCCCUGGUGGCCAUGUUGUUUCUGUACAUAGUAGCCUGGGUGUGUGGAGCUUUCGCUGUGGCCAGGCCGUUUAAAAAUAUCAUCCCGUACCAGGAGUUAAUCUUUAGUUAUUUAUAUGGAGUGACGAGUGCGUUGCUCGGUGUGUUCAUGGUGGGAUAUUUCUGCCUGAUGAGGAGGGACUCACGUUUGAGUUGGAAGCGGUUCUUUGGAUGCGGACCUCAGCCACUGUAUAGCUUUCCUGUGAAUACAGACCCGCCCACGCAGGUAACGCAGGUCAACGGCAAUGUCGUCAAGUCAAACAGUAGUGUGGAUGUAUCCACGACAUAUUCACAGAAAUCCUCUAAUAUUGCCAAGGCUUACCAAAUGAAAAACAACCCUGGUAAGCAGUCGAACAUCAAUCUAGUCCCAGUACCCAACUCCUCCAAAGAGGGUUCCGUCAGCAGCAACCAGGAGGGAUUUCCUAAUUUUUACAACCCCCGACAAAACGGGGCAGCUAAGAAAUUCUGGCAGAAAAAUCGUCACACUCAUUCAAAAAUAAUGAAUAAAGAUGUGAACAAAGACCUUAACUGUGACAGUAUGACAGACAAUAUGUCGACGUCGGACAUCAACAGGAGACUCAGUCAGGGCACGAACAGUGAUGCAAAUACUCACCUGAGUAUUGAAAUACAGAUUCAAGCCAAAGAGUCGUCGGCCAAGCCUAACAUGUUACAUGGGGCCAACUUGAACAACCCAGGGAUAGCGAUUCACCAUGGGGCUCCACAGCUCCCAAUGAACAUCCAGCACAGCCCAGGGAGGAUGCCCGGCCCCCCCAUGGACCGGAGUCAGAUGACCCCAGUAGGGGGGGUGAAGAUUCCUGAUAGGGGUGGGGCAGUGAGCCCGUGUUGUAACCUGACCCCAGGGGGGCCUCUUCUACCUCAACAUCAGCGCUCACCCAGCGCUUGCUCCCUCGGCACUGGAUCCCACCCUAGUGCCUUCACCCCUGUUCCCCCCAGGAAUAACACGUUGCCCCGUCAGCUCCGUGCAGGGGUGGUGCCAGUGAUCCCUGCCGGGGAGUACGUGGUGCGGGAUGGCUCCGUGCCCCGCCUCAGAGACUUCGACGGCCAGAGUCAAGUUAGUGAUAACGGGAUGGAGAUUCUUCACCCGCAGAAAAUGCCAGUCUUGCCUAGUCACAUGGACCGUGGCGGUCAGAACGGUUAUAUACCGCCGGUCAGCCCUCUUAAGUCAAGGAAUGAUCACAUAAAAACCCGGGGGCUGAGUCCCAGACGAAACUCUCGUCCCUCAUCAGGUGAACGUGUACAUAGCCCGAACACAGUGCGACCUUUAUCAGGGGACUAUAGCUCUGAUAGCAGUCGGUAUCGCUGUCACAAACGAAACCAUUCAAGUUCUUCUUGUGUUUUACCUAGGACAAAAGGUGACGGCUCAAAGAGCCCUGUCAUGUCAGAUGACCAGUCACGUGACUUCAUUUGUCCGGCAGACUCGGAUGGUCAGCUGCACAAUCAGCGGAGGCCAGUGAUUAACGAGUCUGACCAUCACUCCGAUCCAACUCAUCGAAAACGCCACCGACCUUACGAUAAAUACUCACGCCAUCGAGGCAUGCAAAAACAACGCUCUCUAGGUUGGGAAGAACAGUUCAAAGAUCGUCCACGGAAAAUAGCAUAUGCAUAUGUAAACCAUUCUUACCAGGAAAAAGUGCUGCAUAAACUCAUAUCACAAGCUAGCGAGAGUGAUGACCUAGCAAAAAAGGCUUUUUGGCUGCCAAGGUCAAUGAGUGAGUAUGACCGACUAACACAGUCGGGAUUCCGAGGCCUAUUGGAGGACACAAGCUCUACCUCGGAGGAUGACAGUUUUGACAAUGUGUGGCUGCCUCAACAAGACAGUGGGGACAAUGCAUUUAAGAAGGAGACAAGUGUAUAGUCAUCGUCUCCGUAUAUACCGAUUUAUUGGUGCUUCAUUCUCUGUACAGCUUUGAAGGGGAGGAGUGAGUGAGUGAGUAAGGUUUUAUGCCGUUUUUGGGCAAUAUUACAGCCAUAUCACGGCCGGGGACACCAAUUGGCCCAUUUUGGGAUUCAAACCCAGAUCUGUGGUGUGACAAGCUAAUGCUUUAACCACUAGGCUACCCCAAUGCCCUUACAGGCUCAAGACUAAUACUUCUUAUGAAAUCCUCUUUGGAAUCGAGCCAGUUUUAUGUGUGUUUUAAAAUUUACAAGUGCAUAUGUAAGAUGGUAUUUGUGAUUUUUUAACAUAGUUUUCAUUUUGUGGCAAUUUUGUGAAUUAAACUUUUAAAUGCUUUAAUGCUUUUUGUACUUGGGUAUUUGGAGUGUAAGAUAUAUUUCAGAAGUGUCCCCUGGUUGUCAUGACUCCCGAUCAAAGCUGGCCAGAACAGUUAUUAGUGAACUUUUGUACAAGAGAGUGAAUUUGUAUUUUCUUGUGGCUAGUGGUAGUGUUUGGCCUGACAGGGUGCAUCUCUCGGCUAUCAAUAAUCAUCAGCAGCAGCGAUACUGAAGGGCGUACUUAAGGUACCGACCUUUUAAUAUUUGAGGGAAGCCUUGGAUUUGGUAUUGAGAUUAUACUGAGCAGCAAAACCAGAUAUUUUUUAUUUAAAGCAAUGAGCCUGAAUUUUUGAAAGAAAAAACCCUUGGAACAAUGUAUUUUUUGUAUCCUGCAUUUCCUUUUCUUUUUCACAAGUCUGAAACAAUUAUAUUUUUUCAAGAAUUUUUGGGCAUAAUUUUUUUUCCCCCUAUAAAAUCCCAGGUCCCUUCCUGGAAUAUCAAAUGGUCGGUCCCUUUUGUGAAUGGGCGUCUCAGUACAGUUUAAUUCACCAUGGCUAAGUGAUGUUUUAGUUUAGAUUGAAACAUUUCAUUGUUCGAAAUGGCAAGCUUUAUGUGAAGAAACUUAGAAAGAAAAUUUCUGUUAGAUCUUGAGACACAUAGGAAGUACAUAUAUAUGAUGGUUUGUAUAGACCAGUUGUCACGGAAACAAUGUUGGCAUUUACUUAAUCCAGAUAUUUUUGGCAUAGUUAUAUUUUGUAUUGACCGCUUGAGGUGAUGAUCAGUUGUGUUGGCUCUGAACAGCUGUCUUUCAAGCCAUAGGACAGCUGCCUUUACAACCCAUACCAUGGAACAGCUGCUUUACAAACCAUAGAACAGCUGCCUUUACAAACCAUAGCAUAGAACAGCUGCCUUUACAAACCAUAGCAUAGAACAGCUGCCCUUACAAACCAUAGAACAGCUGCCUUUACAAACCAUAGAACAGCUGCCUUUACAAACCAUAGAACAGCUGCCUUUACAAACCAUAGCAUAGAACAGCUGCCUUUACAAACCAUAGAACAGCUGCCUUUACAAACCAUAGAACAGCUGUCUUUACAAACCAUAGAACAGCUGCCAUUGCAAUCGAUAGAACAGCUGCCAUUGCAAUCCAUAGAACACCAGAUAAUUCAAUCCAUACAAAUAUAUGAAUGUAGUGUCAUGUUUCUCGUAUAGAACUGUAUGUACAUGUAAAGACAAUGUCCUGCAUGUUGCAUUUCAAAAUCUUUGAGGAUGUAAGCAAAAUCGCAGAUGUGAGCUUUUAUUUGACAAAGUUUCCUGUUCUAAACUCAAUGUUCUGCACCGACCAUGCCAAUCAAAAUUUGUAGGGCCAGGCCAAGAGCUACACUGGAAAUAUUAUUUAUUCUCACUCUAUGAGUUUUUACUUAUUCCGAUAAGGACAUAUUCUGCCAUGACUUUUUAAAAUUCUUGAGUCUGAUUGGUCAGUCGUAAGUUUCAAAUUACAAUAACCACCUCUGAAACACAUGGUGUGACAGCCACCUCACCAC